CCUGAUUACCUAAGUCAAUAAAAACCCACUGUGAGAGCAGCUCAUUUACAAUGUGACUUCACUACCACAUCCUGAACCUGGACCAACAAUCUGUCAGCUCAAAUAACUGCUUCUAGAUAUUUUAACUCGGCAAAGCACUAAAAGCCAGCCUCUCCCCCUGCCACUGCUGAACACCUCAUCACAAUGCCUCAUCGCAACUGCUCUGUUGAGAUUAACAACACCUCUAGCUGCUACAUUCUGGCCAACCCAAGGGUGUUCACUGAGAGUGGCUGCUGUGAGGUCCCUCUGCCACCCAUGGUGGGUCCCUGCUCCGCUGCCACUGCACUGUUCAACAAGACCACCGGUGCUGCAACCGGUGCAGUUGGUGUCUUCACCUACGACCUUUUCAAUGCUGACCUGAAUGACUACAGCCACAUCAUGGCUGUAAUGUUCUCCGUGCCCUACGACCGAAAUCUCUACUCCAACUGGUUCGCUGUGGGGAUCUUUGACAGAGGAAAUGACUGCGACUACAAUUUGUAUGAUAUUAUGUAUAAUGGAAGUGAAAACAAUUUUGUAAGAGCAAAAGCUGAUGGCUCCUGCAUUUCUUAUGAGGGAGAUUAUGUUAUUGUCAGUGCCUCCAUGUCAGACUCAGGUGAAGCUGUCCUGAGGGUGGAUGUCAAUGACACUGGCAUGUAUUAAGUCAAAAGAACGAAGAUCCAACUGUUGUUAUGUAAGCCAUAUCAGAUGAUCACAGUAACUUUAAUAAAAUAUCACAUAAGUUGUGUGCAUUAACCAAAAAUACUUACAAUAUGUGUGGAAAUGACUGUACACUAGAAAUUGGCUUUAAUAAGCUGAUGCCUCACAAAUAAAAAACAAGACUGGUAUGUAUGCGUCAAGUCAUGUCCUCUUUGCAUUUGUCCAUUAUUGAUGAAAUUCAGCCAUGUAGAAAUUGUAUUUGUCUAAAAUUCUUACAAUCAGAGUUAAUGCAGAUUUCUUUCAGCUGAUUAGACCUUUAGUGUGUUCUGUGAGACCCAGAUGAUGCAGAGCUGUUUCUGGACAUUUUUUAAUAUUAAUAUUUAUAUUAAUUAAAAUUCAUUAACUUGGUUUAGGUCUAGCUCCACAAUAACAAAACAUAAUCUGCCUCACAGCUUUCUUUAGAGGAACUCCUACAAUGUUUGGACAAUGUCCAAGCAUUUGACAGAGGAUGUGAGCAUGGAUCCUGCUGUAGCAGGAACAUCUGGAUGGGAUCUGGAUUAGACUCUCCACAACCCCAACUUUAAAAAAGUUUUACACUAAAUGUGAUGCAACAUGAUGGAACAGGACAAUUGUCUGAGAUGACUGAUCUGAAUUUCAUGAAGUGGUUUGACAAUGUCAUCACCUUGACCCUGUAGGGAGGCUUGUGUCCUGCAUGAAUUACACAGGAAGUCUGUUUUAGGUGUGUGUGAGAAGGACAGACACUAGAGGGCAGAACAGUAUUUUGCACAGGUUGUGGUCAAUAUGAGUGUGUGAAUGAUGUGGCGAGAGAGAUUUUUAAAUAGUGAGUUUAUAAAUACUUACCUUUGCCUCCUCAUAAUUUACACACAAUUUAAUUAUCUAAUUGGUAUUAUGUUACACUGAAGAGGGCAAACAGCCAGGUGUGUGGCUUUGAGACAAGUCAGAUAUGUAUGUAGGAAUGGGAACUUGUCAAAUCCAGGAGUUUCAUUCAGAAUCAAAGCUGUAAUCACUGACAGUAGUAAGUCUAACUGCUAUGUGAACACAAACUGUAAGUAGUCAUUUCAUUUAUCAUUAAAUAUGCAUAAUGAAACCAUUUCUGACCUGCUGUCCUGUAGUUUCAGUAUUAAAGAUGAUUCUGUUGCACAUAGAAAUGCUCACCACUGAUACUGCUAAACAGCAAACAGCUCAACCAAUCAUGGUUGACUAAGCCAGCUCUAAGACACAGUAUGGUGUCUUAAACUCUAAUCCAUCAUGAAUCCCCAAUAAAGUAUCUUUAAUUCAAUUUAUAACAGCAGCCCAUGAUAACUUAUUUUAAUGCAAUAUAACUGGUAACUACACUUAAUGAGCUUAUGCUGUGUUUUCUUUGCACUGUAAAAUGUUUUAAAUGGGAAAAUAUCCUUUCCAUCACUGUGUGCAUAUACAGAGGGUA